AUGCAUGAUGGAUGCAACGCCUGGCCACGGCUCCUGGAUGCGUCUUGGGCCACCUUUGCGACGCCGGCUGCGCCAGAUCCUGGCAUGCAGACAGCCGUGAGGGGAACGGUGUGUCCUGGGCGUGCGCCAUUCGCGGGGAGGAGUUGCUCAUGGAAUCUUGCCAGUUGGCAGGGCGACUGCGUACACUCGGUCAAAUGGAUCCUCGGGACAGUGAAUAACGAUGCUGGAGUGAGGGUCGAGGAUGUUCAGGGUGCUGUCGAAAUGCCCAGAAAUGGGACCGCCCUUUCCCCCAGGCGGUUCAGAGAGCAAAGAAAUAGCAUGCCGCACCCCCGCCCAAUGAAGCACGAUGCCGCAAACGUGGUUGGAUUGGACAAUGCAACACGACGUGCCGAGUGA